AUGAGAAAGAAACUGGCACUGAUCAUAAAAUCUCAUCCUAAUGGUCAUACAGGAGCUAAAAAAUCUCUCACCUGCUCUCAGUGUGGAAAGAGUUUCUCAUCCAAACUAAGUCUUCAACGUCACAUGACAAUCCACACCGGAGAGAAGCCGUACCCAUGUGAUCAGUGCGGGAAGAGUUUCAGACAUGCAAACACUCUUAAAUUACAUCUGCGCUCUCACUCUGGAGAAAGACCAUUUUACUGUGACCAGUGCGGACAAAUGUGUGUCUCAGCAUCUUCCUUAAAGAGCCACCUGAAAGUUCACACAAAGGAGAAGCCUCACAUGUGUUCCUUCUACGGAAAGAGUUUUCGUCAGAUGGAUAAUUUUAAAUUGCACCAGAAAAGACACAGUGGUAUGAAGGAUCACAUGUGCUUUGAUUGUGGGAAGACCUUUGUUAGAGAUGCUGAUCUGAGACAGCACCAGACCACCAGAGAGAAACCAUACAAGUGUUCACACUGUGAGCAGAGGUUCAGUCGGUCAGGACGUAUGAAAACACAUCAGAAGAUUCACGCUGGAGAAAAGCCUCACAUGUGAUCAGCGUGGGAAGAGUUUCACUAAAAAUCCUCAACAGAGACUCUUAAAUCUGCCUUUUCAUUGUGGAGAAAGACUAUUUAACUCAUCAAUGCAUUUAAAGCUUUCUUUGGGCAUUAUCCCUGAAGAAGCACCUGAACGAUCAUUCAAAGGAAAAGCUUCAUGUGGAACUUGUUUAAAAUUAAAAAAUAA